AUGGACAAGGGACACUAUUCUUCGUGGGUGGAGUUGUUUAAGAUACAUUGUCGAGCAUACCAAGUUCUUGAUCAUAUUAUCCCACCAAAAUCAAAGCCAACCGAGCAGGAAACACAAACAAAUGCCGAGACAGAUAAAGCAUUAUGGUCACGCUUGGAUGCAAUUAGUAAUCCUUUACCGCCUUUUUACGAGGCAGGAUCGAGGCUAAUCCUUGAAGAAACACGCAAGGCUAAACAGGUCACUGCCACUACCAGCGCUGUCGGCACCGCCCUCCUCACCACCAAUGGUUCCAACGAUGAUGCCUCUGCCUAUGGACGAAAUUUGACUGCAGGUUCUGGUAAUACAUCAAAUCGCAACAAUAAUGGUCCGAAACGCAGUCAAAAUCGCAAUAAUACUCGAGGUAAAGGAAAAGGUCGUGGCAACUACAACCACGAUGGUGGACAGCAGCAACAACAACGCCCAUGGCAGCAGCAACAGCGUCCGUGGCAGCAACAACGUCCAUGGCAGCAACCAUCUCAAUGGGCAUCAUACCCACCGUGGGGGCCUUGGGGACAACAACCAUGGGUUGCUCCUCCACCUUGUCCUUACCCCACCUCAUCUUGGGCUCGUCCACCUCCUGCUCAUCAGGCCGGAAUUCUUGGCAAGCGUCCACCUCAAGCAUAUAGUGCACAAGCGCCACCUCCUUCGACCUAUGCACCUACCGACAUUGAUGCGGCAAUGCACCAUUUAUCUCUUAAUGUUCCUGAUGAAAACUGGUACAUGGAUACCGGUGCAACUUCGCACAUGACUGCAUCUCCAGGAGUUUCAGAUGGGGAUCCCGCUCAUGAGAUGUGAUAGCACCGGCGAUCUAUAUCCUAUCACCACCACCACCAGACAUCAGCCCACCUCCUCAUCCACCUUUGCAGCUCUCUCUCCUGUUUUAUGGCAUAAUCGUCUGGGACACCCAGGAGCACCUGUUUUACACUCCCUUAGGAAUAAUAAGAUUAUUGAGUGUCAACCAUUUUCUGCUUCUUCUGUUUGUCAAUCUUGCAUAUUUGGUAAACAU